CAGAUGCUCUUUGCCAGUUUGCUGCCUGGCUGCCAGUCACUCCUGGCUGCCUCCUGCCUGCUUCCUCCUCUGACUGCCUGUUGCUGAUGUCUUGCCUGCCUGCCCACUGAGGUUUGGAGUUGUGUAUUGGAUCCUGCCUGCCUGCCUGCCUGCCUGCCUGCCAGUGACCAACUGUAACUGCAUUUAACAACAGGAGGUACAGAGAAGAGUUUGGGAUACAAUGGCCUCUGACCCGGUGCCUAGGACUAGUAAAAAUGAAGAGGAGUGCUCCGUUUACAUCCCCUUCAGAGGGCCUCAGUUUCAGGCCAUGGAUCGAUACGAGAUGUUGACCAUCCAAAAGGGAGAGGAAAAAGAGAAGAUGAAAGCCGACUUCAACCAAAGUUUCACUCUCUAUCCUGAUGGUGUUGAAGCUGCCUGGAACAUCAACACCAACGCCAACCCUGGUGCAGAGUGUCAGAGGUACGUGAAGCUAAAGGAGCUAAUGAAGGACCAGAAGCAGGAGACCUACUGGCAGGAGACGGGGCGAUGGGCAGGCUACGAGGAGAGCUUCGACCCUCAGGCCGGGGUGUGGGCGUCCUCUCAGAUCUCCUACCUCACCUUCAAGAGCCUCAUCCAACUCCGACGCACCAUGAACACAGGUGUGACGAUUUUUGACUGUGAAGAACGGACUAUGGCCACCAUCGCCGAGAAGAUGGUCAACGAGAUGGUUAACAAGAAGGAGAUCAGGCCUGGAGAUCGGGAGGGAGUGCUGACGGCUCUGCUUCAGAACCGCAGCCAAUCGGAUGACCCAGAACGUCAAGCUCUGACUGAUGGGAGGGACCUGCAGAAGUUUUCAGUCAAGGAAAGGAAGGAUGAAUCUGACCGAGUUGAGGUCUCCAUGGUGCUAGUAGGAGCCUUGGACUUUCUGGAGAAGCCUGCAGUUGUGUUUGUGCGUCUGAAGGAGGCGGUGGUACUCGAUUCUGCUUUGGAGGCCCCGGUGCCUGUACGCUUCAUCUUUGUUCUGGUUGGCCCCAGCAAGACUGACAUAGACUACCACGAGACUGGCCGUGCUAUGGCAGCACUAAUGGCGGACAGAGUGUUCAACCAGGCAGCUUUGCAGGCAAAGAGUGCAAGAGAGCUGACAGACACCCUGGCCGACUUCAUGGACUGCAGCAUCGUCAUCCCCCCCACCGAGAUCCAGAACGAAGCGAUGCUCAGCUCCAUCAUCAGCUUUCAGAAGAAACUACUGCAGGACAGAUUCCAGUCCUCUGAUCCCACUCUCUGCCUAGACUCCAAACCUCGUAGGGUUUCCAUCGCUAGCGGGCCUCCUCCUGAAGACCCCCUGUCCCGUACGGGUCGACCGUUUGGCGGUAUGAUUCGAGACAUAAAGAGACGCUACCAAUACUACAAGAGCGACAUCACAGACGCUCUCAACUCCCAGGUCCUUGCUGCCAUCAUCUUCAUCUACUUUGCCGCCCUGUCUCCUGCCAUCACCUUCGGAGGACUUCUGGCUGACAAAGUGGACAAUAUGAUGGGCGUUCCAGAGCUCCUCAUCUCCACCAGCAUCCAGGGGAUCAUCUUCUGCUUUGUUGCUGCUCAGCCCAUCUUGGUCAUUGGUUUCUCUGGUCCUCUGUUAGUGUUUGAGGAGGCCUUCUAUGCUUUCUGCAGCUCCCAGGGCAUUGAAUACAUUGUUGGGAGAGUGUGGGUCGGAGUGUGGCUGGUCAUUAUUGUGGUGAUCAUUGUGGCCUGUGAGGGCAGCUUCCUGGUGCGCUUCAUCUCACGCUUCACCCAAGAAAUCUUCUCCAUUCUCAUCUCCCUCAUCUUCAUCUAUGAAACUUUCGCCAAGCUGGGGAGGAUUUUUAAGGCACAUCCACUGAUUCUCAAUUAUGAUCAUGUGAAUGCAACUCUGGAAAAUCCCUGGCACCCAAAGGUGGAAGAGACCAUCAUCCAUGACAAUGCCACUGGCAAUACAACUGUUUUCAUCAACACUAUUAACUCACCUUACCCAAACACAGCCCUGCUCUCCAUGUGCCUCAUGUUUGGCUGCUUCUUUAUUGCCUAUUUCCUGCGCCAGUUCAAGAAUGGAACAUUUCUUCCUGGAAAGGUGAGACGUUUGAUUGGUGACUUUGGUGUCCCUAUCGCCAUUUUCCUCAUGAUCGUCGUGGACUACAACAUUGAAGAUACCUACACUCAGAAACUAGUGGUUCCCAAAGGUCUAAUGGUGUCCAACCCAGCCAAAAGAGGCUGGCUCAUCAACCCUUUCGGAGAGCACAAGCCUUUCCCUGUGUGGCUGAUGUUUGCAUGCUGUGUCCCAGCCUUGCUUGUCUUCAUUCUCAUCUUCCUGGAGUCUCAGAUCACAACUCUGAUUAUAAGCAAACCUGAGAGGAAGAUGGUCAAGGGCUCCGGGUUCCACUUUGACUUGCUGGUUUUAGUUGGCAUGGGAGGGCUCAGCGCAAUAUUUGGUGUGCCGUGGCUCAGUGCUGCCACUGUGCGGUCUGUCACCCACGCCAAUGCCCUCACCGUCAUGAGCAAAGGACCAAAACCUGUGAUAGAGAAGGUGAUGGAGCAGAGGAUCAGUGGCAUCCUGGUGGCACUGCUGGUUGGUCUGUCGAUUCUGAUGGAGCCGAUCCUGAAGAUGAUUCCCAUGUCAGCCUUGUUUGGGAUCUUCCUCUACAUGGGAGUCACGUCACUAAAUGGCAUCCAGCUGUGGGAUCGCAUGCUGCUGCUGCUUAUCCCUAAGAAAUACCACCCUGAUGAACCCUACGCCACCAGAGUGAGCACGGGGCGAAUGCACUUGUUCACAGCCAUCCAGAUAGUAUGCCUUGCACUUCUCUGGAUUGUGAAGUCCAGUCCAGUAUCCCUCGCGCUUCCCUUCAUACUUAUCCUCACCAUCCCUCUUCGCAUGUUUAUGACCGGGCGUCUUUUCACUGAACUGGAAAUGAAAUGUUUGGAUGCUGAUGAUGCUAAAGUGACGUUCGAAGAGGAGCCGGGUCAGGAUGUAUACUGUGAAUCUCAAAUGCCAUUGUAGAUGUCUUCCAUGACUGCUGCCAGAAAUCUUUUAUUUUAACAAAAAUCUAUUUAUUUUAUAUAAAGCUUGAAUCAAUGUUACAUCUAUCUAUGAGCACAAAGAUGUUUUUUUAAUGAAAAAUGGAGAUAUAGAUUUUACCUUUGUGGAGUGUGGAGUGAUCAAGCUGGUAGCACUGAAGAGCUGAAGAACAACACAGAAACA